AUGGAUGAAAAACAGAAUGCGUCUGUCGCAGGUGCGAGGGUCGAAACCAAUCUAGAUUUGCGUGGGGUGCUCCCAAUAGCGGACUCGCAUCAGAUACUUGGCUUUCGGUCAAAACAACAUUAUUUGCGCUGGUUGUAUUCAUUUGUCGCCGGACUGAUCUGCUUCAUUGUAAUCCGUGGGAAUCUGGCGCCACAUGUGAAUGGCUCAGCUUUAGAUGUUCCAGCAGCUGACGCUGAACACAUUUCUACCAAUUCUAGUUCUCUUGUAUCUCCUAGUCAAGAUUUUGGGGAUAGAGUGGAGCCAGAUGACAGUUCUUCCCCUGCUGACGACUUUGAGGGGACGCCACCCGCUGUGCAGCUCAUUGAAGGCGGCCCUUGGACUUCCAUUUUGCUAGGUGGUGAUUCAAGCACACACAUGCCGGAUCAUGAUAUCUGGGGCGCCCCAUCAUUGGAAAAAUUUGAAAACGCUCUCCCACCGCAGCUUCAACGGAGCAAAGAUGCAAUUGCUGCGUGGACCGCCCAGUUCUACGCAUCUGAUAAUGCCAAUGAAUAUGCUGAGGCUCUCCAACGUAUGGUAGCAGAGGCAAUUUCCAGUGGAACUGAAGACUCCUUAGUAGGGAAAACCAUAGAUUUGCGGGGAAUAUGGCCACUAAACUGGAGGAAUAGUGAUGGGCCUUUGCCUCACAAAAUGCGCAUUGUCAAAGUGGUGGGAGUUGCUGGACGAGCUUUAGUGGUGAAUGCCAUAGAUUGUAAGUCCAGGGAUUCCUUUUCGGUGCACAUCCCUGUGAUUUCUGAAGAUUUUAUCGGCAGUCAUGGCAGUGAGGACGCGUUGCGCGAGGUGAGACGUGCCGCAGAUGCUGCUGUGGAAGCACAGAUGCAGGCCUGUGGUGGCGUUUCGGCUGAACAGGCAGCUUCUCAGAAGGGCAUCGCCGUCCCACUCUACACUGCCGAGAUCCAGUCCCUUGAUGAGCUUCAUUCGCGAGAAAGGUUUUACAUCUUUAACCGCACAGAGUUGGGGGAGAAGGUUGACGGAAGUCUGGCUCAGCUGAGGUCGGAAGCUCCAAGCGUGAUGACAGAGGCACGUGAUUACAUCGCAUCCCGCUUACUGCAUAUAGUGCUGAAACUUGAGCAAUCUGGUGUAGGGCACCUCAAGAUUGACUGGAGUUCAUUUUUUCUGCGUGGAGAUGGCUCUUUUCUGUUGGGGAACUUUAGCAGCGCCAGCCCUUUUGGAGUUCCGACUGGCAAUUUAUUCAGCUCCAUGUCGGAUUACCCAGAGCCAUUCAUGAUGCUCUCUUCAAGAAGAUCUGGCCUUACUACUGAAGCUGGAACGAACUUGUGGUCGCUUGGUGUCCUUCUGUUCCAAUUAUACACAGGUGAGGAACACCCAUAUGCUGUGGUGGAAGGAAGGACCUGGACAGAACGGAGAAUGCAGUUAGCACGAGUUAUGCUGGAACAGAAAGUCCGUUCGGAUGUUUUGCUCCCUAAACUAGAGGCGUGCAACGUGCCGGAUCCGUGGAAAAAGGUGAUUCUGCGGCUAUUAGAGCCAUGCAGAGAGUUUAGAAUAAGUGGCCCAGAUAUAGUCAAGGAGUUUCCGGAACUCAUAUACGCCCAUCCCGACUAA